AAAUACUGGCACAUACUGACUGAGUUGUCUUAUUUCUCACACACCCCCAUGCACUCCUCUGGGGCAUGGAGGAGUUAACUUGGCAGAGGUUUCUCCGUUUCUGUGAGGUGGCUUUGAUCCAUAAUCUGAGGAUGGCAUUUUUCUCCAGGGACUGUGACAUUGCAGUGGUGCUGUGCUGGUAGUUUUGCAGGCUGGCUGCUGUAGCUGCUGGGCAGACGGCUGGGCUAAUUCACUCUGACUAACAGGAAGUUACACGACAGCAGAACAGGCAGCUUAAGAAAAUCUGACUCCCUCGCUUUGAGAGGCAAAACAAAGUAGACAGCUUAAAGAAGAGGUUUGUACGACGACAAGUCUCACCAAAUGUUCAGUAGGCAUGCAGCUGGUAGCCUGUGUAGCAGUGCUGGUGUUCUGGGUGGCAGAAGCUGUAGAGAGCUGUCCUGAUGUCUGUAAAUGCACCAAGAAAACCAGCCCUGAAAGGUCAGAGGUCAACUGCCACAAGAAGGGGAUGAGGAAAUUUCCCUCCAAACUGCCCCCUGAUUCCUGGAUCCUAAAGAUGGGCGAGAACGGAAUAGUCGACCUCCCAGCAAACGUCCUGAAACCCAUCCCCAAGAUCGAAAGCAUCAACUUGGAACGCAAUGCCAUCAAAUCAAUACACCCCCAGGCCUUCUCUGGAGCCCAGAGACUGAUGCUGAUCAAUCUGUAUGGGAACCAGAUCAACAAACUCCCUGUGAAAGGCUUCCAGGAUCUCAUCAACCUCCGCUUCCUCAUGCUGGGCCAGAACCAGAUCUCCAGUGUCAAACCAGACAUGUUCACAGGCAUGCGGAACCUUUCAGACCUGGACCUGCCCCUCAACUCUCUAAUUGCCCUUCCUUCCAAUGCCUUCAAGCCUCUGAACACCCUAAAGGUUCUGGACCUGGCCCUCAACCGCAUCGAGAGGAUCUCCCCCAAAGGCUUUGUGGGCCUGACAGAGCUGCUGUUCCUCAACCUGGACAACAACAGUCUGAAGAGCAUCUCGGCUGGCACCUUCAAGCCUAUGGCCUCCCUGGAGAUGCUGGUGCUGGAUAACAACCUGCUGUCCACUUUGACCUCAGCCACUCUGGAGGGCUUGUUCAACCUUCAGGAGCUCUACCUGAGGAACAACGAGCUGGAGAGGCUGCCCCAGGACCUGUUUAGACAUACACCCAAGCUCUCCCAGCUGGCCCUCAGUGGAAACCGUCUCAAAAACAUGGAUGGAAACAUUUUCACCCAGCUGUCUGGCCUGAAGGAGGUGUAUCUCCAUGACAACCCCUGGACAUGUGACUGCAACAUCAAUGGCCUGGUGCGCUGGGUGUCCCAGACAAAGGCCAACCUUUCCCCUCUGGAGUCCCUGAGGUGUGUUGCCCCGACAGAGUACCGCAACAAAUCCCUCAGCAGCCUCAAAGACCAGAACCUACGCUGCCGGGCCUAGACUAGAGCCAAACCAACCUUUACUCUGUGCUGUCCGGCCUACACUAGAGCCACUCAAACCUUUACUCUGUGCUGUCGGGCCUAGACUAGAGCCAAACCAACCUUUACUCUGUGCUGUCGGGCCUACACUAGAGCCACUCAAACCUUUACUCUGUGCUGUCGGGCCUAGACUAGAGCCACUCAAACCUUUACUCUGUGCUGUCGGGCCUAGACUAGAGCCACUCAAACCUUUACUUUGUGCUGUCGGGCCUAGACUAGAGCCAAACCAACCUUUACUCUGUGCUGUCGGGCCUACACUAGAGCCAAACCAACCUUUACUCUGUGCUGUCGGGCCUAGACUAGAGCCAAACCAACCUUUACUCUGUGCUGUCGGGCCUAGACUAGAGCCACUCAAACCUUUACUCUGUGCUGUCGGGCCUACACUAGAGCCAAACCAACCUUUACUCUGUGCUGUCGGGCCUACACUAGAGCCAAACCAACCUUUACUCUGUGCUGUCGGGCCUAGACUAGAGCCAAACCAACCUUUACUCUGUGGUGUCGGGCCUAGACUAGAGCCAAACCAACCUUUACUCUGUGCUGUCGGGCCUACACUAGAGCCACUCAAACCUUUACUCUGUGCUACCAGACCUAGACUAAAGCCACACCAAUCUUUCCUCCACACCAGCAUCCUGCAUCAGCCACGUUACAUUUUUACAUUUUACAUAUUUUGCAGACACUCUAAUCCAGAGCGAUUUACAGUAGUGAGUGCAGACAUUUGCAUAUGUUCCUGCUACAGAGUAACCUGUUAUACAACACUUAAUACUUAGCUAUGGUCCAACGACAGGACAGUUACCCAUUAUUGUGCAACCCUAGCCUAGGUCCAGCCACAGAAUGCCAUGUCAUUGUGCAACAUCUAGGCAGCCACGACCCAAUAACUGACAAUUGUACAAUUAGCUUUUACUGUACAACCAUAAGCGAAAGUUAUUAUAAACUCAUAAUAAACGUCCCGUUAAUUUUCAGCAAACUUAACGUGUAAAUAUUUGUAUGAACAUAACAAGAUUCAACAACUGAGACAUAAACUGAACAAGUUCCACAGACAUGUGACUAACAGAAAUGGAAUAAUGUGUCACUGAACAAAGGGGGGGUCAAAAUCAAAAGUAACAGUCAGUAUCUGGUGUGGCCACCAGCUUCAUUAAGUACUGCAGUGCUUCUCCUCCUCAUGGACUGCACCAGAUUUGCCAGUUCUUGCUGUGAGAUGUUACCCCACUCUUCCACCAAGGCACCUGCAAGUUCCCAAACAUUUCUGGGGGGAAUGGCCCUAGGCCUCACCCUCUGAUCCAACAGGUCCCAGACGUGCUCAAUGGGAUUGAGAUCCGGGCUCUUUGUUGGCCAUGGCAGAACACUGCCAUUCCUGUCUUGCAGGAAAUCACGCACAGAACGAGCAGUAUGGCUGGUGGCAUUGUCAUGCUGGAGGGUCAUGUCAGGAUGAGCCUGCAGGAAGGGUACCACAUGAGGGAGGAGGAUGUCUUCCCUGUAACGCACAGCGUUGAGAUUGCAUGCAAUGACAACAAGCUCAGUCCGGUGAUGCUGUGACACACCGCCCCGGACCAUGACGGACCCUCUACUUCCAAUUCGAUCCCGCUCCAGAGUACAGGCCUCGGUGUAACGUUCAUUCCUUCGACAAAUAAAUGCAAAUCCGACCAUCACCCCUGGUGAGACAAAACCACAACUCGUCAGUGAAGAGCACUUUCUGCCAGUUCUGUCUGGUCCAGCAACGAUGGGUUUGUGCCCAUAGGCAACGUUGUUGCCAGUGAUGUCUGGUGAGGACCUGCCUUACAACAGGCCUACAAGCCCUCAGUCCAGCCUCUCUCAGCCUAUUGUGGACAGUCUGAGCACUGAUGGAAGGAUUGUGCGUUCCUGGUGUAACUCGGGCAGUUGUUGUUGCCAUCCUGUACCUGUCCCGCAGGUGUGAUGUUCGGAUGUACCGAUCCUGUGCAUGUGUUGUUACACGUGGUCUGCCACUGCGAGGACAAUCAACUGUCCUUCCUGUCUCCCUGUAGCGCUGUCUUAGGCGUCUCACAGUAUGGACAUUGCAAUUUAUUGCCCUGACAUCUGCAGUCCUCAUGCCUCCUUGCAGCAUGACUAAGGCACGUUCACGCAGAUGAGCAGGGACCCUGGGCAUUUUUCUUUUGGUGUUUUUUCAGAGUCAGUCAAAAGACCACUUUAGUGUCCUAAGUUUUCAUAACUGUGACCUUAAUUGCCUACCGUCUGUAAGCUGUUAGCAUCUUAACGACCGUUCUGCAGGUGCAUGUUCAUUAAUUGUUUAUGGUUCAUUGAACAAGCAUGGGAAACACUGUUUAAACCCUUUACAAUGAAGAUCUGUGAAGUUAUUUGGAUUUCUACAAAUUAUCUUUGAAAGACAGGGUUCUGAAAAGGGCUGUUUCUUUUUUUGCUGAGUUUAGCUGUACAAGCCAAAGAGAAAGAAGAGCUGAAGGGGAUAUGUAAUAGCUUGCCCUGAGCUUUCUGUCAUUGAAAUAUUAUACUUUCCAUCAACCCCAAACACAGAAUUUACACGUUCGUUAAACCUGCUAUUACCGAAGUGCGCUGUGAAACAUGCUACUGUAAUACCCUCAUUAAUACUGCUCCUGCUUUAUUUUUUAUUCUUGCAUAUUUUAUAUUAACUGAAAUUAAUUUCUAGCACUUCUUUACAGUAAUAUCCUAUGCUGAUAAACCUAUCAUCUUAACAUUAGCUUUUUUUUCAUAACUCAAUAUGUAUAUAGGGCAAUUGUAUUAUUUUCACAGAUAUGGAAUCAUUCCAUGCUUAUUAGUUUGAUAUCUUUGAGGAUUUGGCUAUGCUUCCGAGCUUGUCUGUAGGUUGUAAUGAGUGAAUCUCCUAAUCUAAAGCACAAUGAAUAUAUCUUAUUGUUUCCAUUGAGUGAAAAAUAUGUACUGCUAUUGUACCUGUACAAUCCUAAAACAGCAUUUACUAAGUCUGUAGUCUAAUUGAUUUCAUACUGUACAUACAUUUUGAAAUAAAGGCCAUUGUGCAAUGAA